AAAAUUGUUUUGUAGGCGGCGAUCGCUUUGGCGCUGAUUCAUCUUGUGUGUAGCCAGCACUCAGUGUUUGUUGUUGUGUGUAGCAUUGCUUUAGGGAGAGGCAUUUUCUAUCGUCCCAGAUAAUAUUGAUAGUUUUGCUGCAGCCAUGUUGGUGAUGUCCGUUUUGUUGAAGGUGGCCUUGGGUCUGUUGAUCGGGGCCGCCGUCUGUCAGCUUCUGGGGUUCGCCUGCCCCUACUGGGUGUCGUGGUACAAUGGAAAUUAUGGACUCUGGCAAUGGUGCUCCGGCCGCUGCUAUGAAACGUCAGGGGGCGGAUCUAUGGGCGCGAUCCGCGCCUUUGAGACGAUUGCCUUUAUACUGCUGGUCAUCAUCCUGAUCUUGCUGCUGGUCCAUAUCUGCGCAAGUCCGAACCUCCAACUUGUUCUGGCUUCCGCCAUCUGCGCAUUUGUAGCAGCCGGCUUGAUCGUCUUAGGCAUUCUGAUAUUUGUGAUUGAUCAGUCCAAGCAUAAUUUAUCCUGGGCGUUCGUUCUCUGUAUCAUCGCUGCUAUCCUUGCUCUAAUCGGCGGAAUCCUGCUCAUCGUCGAUCGUCGUUCUCACGUCAUCAUCGUCGGCGGAUCCAGCGGGGGCGCGGUGCGAACCACUCGGACCACCACCACCACCGUCACUGUAGGCAGAAGAUAGAUCCACGCCUCAGAUCGUUGGAGAUUUUAUACGUUUAUACUUUGACGUUAGAUAACAAGACUCAAUCAAUUCUGCUGGAUUUAUGUCAAUUGUCUUCGUUUGGAAUACGUAAUUAUACACAUCGAGGUGCCAUACUAACAAAAACUAUUUUUUAUGUGAGAUUUCGUUCCUCGUCCCAGUGACUUCAGCAAUACCAUCUGAUAAGUGGUUUUGAAAUUAAUUACAACAUAAAAGGAUUAAUUGUUUAAGUGUGAAUAGUUAAGGACAUUUUUAAUUCCUUCCUUAUUCCUUCGUGUUUUAUCAUAUGUAAGUUAAUCAGACAAAUUGUUUUAUAUUGUACUGCUGGCUAUAAAUAGAAUAUCUCUGUAGUUAUCAAUAUCGGCCUUAAUUAGCGGUAAAUUGGUAUAUUAUGACUGCCUGUGUUCUUAAUGUUAUUCGUCAGAAUCUCAAAUAAAAAAAUGUCCUGUUUGGACCAAUAGGGAAGAAAGUAUACACAUUACUUACAACUCAUUUCAGGAAUUAAUUCGUCGAAUGCCCGUUUUAUUUGUUGAGAAAAAAUAAGUCUAGGCAAAGGAACUAUAAGAAUUUUGCAAUUAAUGAUAUUUUUAUGCUGAAUUACAUUUAUAGCUAGAUUAUUCACAAGUUUUAAUACCAGGUGCCUUUUAUACAAAGGUUCAGCGAGAACAGAUGCAUAGUUUACUUGUGUCUAUAUAAAUAUAUAUAUAUACAUUUGUGUAUUAGAAGUAAUUUAUUUUGUUGUACGUAAUUUGUACUACACAAUAAAAGUUUUCUUUUUUUUAAACUGAUGAA